GACGAGGCAGGGGGCGGGGCAGGGGCGGGAAUCCGCGGCCUCGGUGGCGGUCGUGGACACGUCGAGCCCGGCAGAAGUGGAGGGGGCUUCCGAAGAGUCGUGGGGGUGGUGACGGGUUAAGGUUCUAAGAGGGAGGUGCCGGUGGAGGGACUCGAUCUGGAAGAAGCUGAGCUUGGAUCUCCUUAGAUUAAAGCUAUCGAAGGAAGCAGACUAACGCUAACCAACUGCCAGAUUACCUCCUAAUCUUCUCUGAGUGGACUCAACUUUUCCUGGAAACAUGGAUCAUUCCCACCAUAAGGAGACAAGCCACAUGGCUUACAACAGUACAACAGGACCUCAUCACCAUCACCCGACCACUUCAGCCUCCCACUCCCAUGGCGGGGGAAUGGACAACAUGAUGAUGCAUAUGACCUUCUACUUUGGCUUCAAGAAUGUGGAGCUAUUGUUUUCUGGUUUGGUCAUCAAUACAGCUGGAGAAAUGGCGGGAGCGUUCGUGGCAGUGUUUUUACUAGCAAUGUUCUAUGAAGGACUCAAGAUAGCCCGAGAGAGCCUGCUGCGCAAGUCACAAGUCAGCAUCCGCUACAAUUCCAUGCCCGUCCCAGGCCCAAAUGGAACCAUCCUCAUGGAGACACACAAAACUGUUGGGCAACAGAUGCUGAGCUUCCCUCACCUCCUGCAAACAGUGCUGCAUAUCAUCCAGGUGGUCAUCAGCUACUUCCUCAUGCUCAUCUUCAUGACCUACAACGGGUACCUCUGCAUUGCGGUGGCAGCCGGGGCGGGCACGGGAUACUUCCUUUUCAGCUGGAAGAAGGCAGUGGUCGUGGACAUCACCGAGCAUUGCCAUUAACGUUAAACUCCAUGGUGCGGCCUUAUUGAUUGCAGUGGGAAGCAGUUCAAGACUGAAAGACAUGAUUCCUACUCCAAUCUUCCCUUCUUGCUCCUUAUCUACACACACACACACACACACACACACACACACACACACACACACACCCCUGCUCAACAGAGGUUUAGCCUACAGUCUCUGAGAUAAAGUGAUAACCUCCCUGUUUUUUUCUAAUGAGCUGAGAUUCCCUCAGAAGAUGUCCUCCCUCCCCGAUCAUCCUAGAUCCAAAUUAUAUGUUCUUGUCCAAGCCAGGUAGCUCUCUGUUCAAUGACUUGAUCACCUACUUCCUUUUUUAGUCUUCUGUUUUUAUUUGGUUAACAGACAGUAUGUGAAUUUGGUGGGUUUUUUUCUGGGCCGGUGUUGGAGAGAGAUUGACUUCAGUUAGGAUUGAUGGUAACUGAGGGAAAUUCUUGCCCAGCUGAACCCAAAACCCAAACUUCACAUGGAAAAGUGAGUUCCGGUCUUCAGAUGCAAGGAGUAUGAAGUACAUUGUGCCUGUCGGUGUGAUGUGUGGUACCGAAAUCUUGGUAGUUUGCAAAAGGGUGGUUUGAGACUAAAUACGGGCCUGGAGCUUGCAGAAGUGUGCCUUCUUGGGUGGCUGACUCAUCAACUUGUGUUCCUACUUAACAUUUUUGAUCCAAAUGAACUUGUCAAUCAAAAAAAGAAAAGAUGACAAUCAAUUUGAGAAAACAGAAAUAGAUAUUUAAAAAAUAAAACCAUUGGUAUUUUACUUUUGGUACCUUGGAUUGUCACAGCUGAAUGAAGCAAAAGAGUGUGAAUCAUUUCCUUUUGUUACUGUUUUCACGUCUUGGCCUCUAAAGCAGUGUUUUUCAAACUUUAACCUGCAUUAGAAUCACCUGGAGGGCUUGUUAAAACAAGUGUUAAAACACUAGUUUCUGGAAGAACAUGAAGUCACAAUUACAGGAAAAAACAAAACACUAGUUUCUGGGUCUGAACCCGGAGCCCCAAAAUUGGCAUUUCUAACAAGUUCCCAGGCGAUGUUCCUGCUGAUGGUCAGGGGACCACACUUUGAGAAUCUCUGCUUUAAACUAAGGAAGUGUCACCUGGUGGGGUGAGCUCCCUAGUAUUGAGCCCAGGAAUUUGAAUUGACGAUUGGUAGGUGGUAUGUCUGAGCUUAACUCGUGUACAGAAUGCUGCUGGUCAAUACUUAAAUCAUUCCACAAACAUGUAUUCAGCUCCGGCUGUGUGUACUACGUGGGCCCCAGGGCUGUAGCCAGUGUAGCUUUUAUCGGUAUGUAUGAAAUCACUAGUCUUUAUUUUUAAAGAUCUGUGGUUUCUUCCAAGUAGUUCGAAGAUUGAGGAAGACCUUUGAUCUGCAGUGUAAAAUCAGCCAGUCGUGGGUCAAAAGGGCAAAAGCCCAGCCCUCUCUUUGGAGAGGUUAGGGUAUGGUCUGCUGAUGACCAGAUUUUCCUCAGCCCCCAACAUCCGUGUCCACACCAAGCAGAUCCUCGUCCUCUACGUGACUGUCUUUGUUACUCUUGGAGGUUUCGAUAGAUCACAUGUGGCCAAAACUUCUUUUUCUCAAUGAAGAAUCAUAUUGGAUUUUUAUUCUGUUCGGUUGUUAGUUUACGCUGUAGUCUGGUCCCCAGUCCAGAAGUGACCCUUCUAUGAAGUGACUCUUCCCGUGCUCAUCUGUUAAAUCCUGCCCUCCUUGGUGCUAGACUCCAAUCGUGCCUCAGGGCAGAGGAGACAACACACAACUAUUCUGUUGGCCUCUUUGUGGUUUUGAAGUUUGGACUUUCUCUGUGGGUGCCAGUUAAAUAUCGGAGAGCAAGGAAUGUGUACUUCCGUGGCUUUAAACCAAGAGAAGGUUACGAGCUUACUGGAUCAAGGGUUAAUCUAAGAACCAACAUUUAGAGUUUUGUGCUUUUCUCUCAUUCCAACCCCUUGUAGUACUGAUAUUUCGCCUGAGCGGAGUGAAUGACAGGUAAUGACAGAGUCCAACGUGAAGGUGUAAAGAGCCAAUUAUUAUCUCAGAAGCCAAGGAAUAAUAAAACCAUGGGAAAUAAAAUAAGACUCAAUGUAAUAGUGACCCUGGUGCUCUCUAGAAAUCUUGGCACGAGCUGCUAUGAAUACCCUUUCAGAAAUGGGACCUUAUCAGUAAGGUCAGAAUAAUCAAGGCCAGUUAAGACAAAGUGCUGUGAAUUCGAAACUCAGUGGAGAAACAUCAGUCUGGGAUAGGUCUUCGAGUAUUCAAGAUAGAGCCUCAGGACAAACCGGAAUUCCAGCAGUUCUUAGAUUAGGUUGCCAAAGGAAGAAGCUAGUGAAGGAGAAAAAAAUGUAAAGCUUAAAUGCCGUCUUUCUUGAUCUCUUGGAUUGUGAUGAUGAUCUCAUUGACUUUUCAUUUCUGUAUCCCUGUUGAUUUGGAAUUUACUGUCUGACUUCUUUGUUCUUUUGGAUCCAGAUUUCUCUUUUCCUCCUUCUCUGUUCACAUCUCUUGGUACUCUGUAUCCCCAUUUCUUUGGCCCCUUAUUCUGCUUUCCUUUCCCUUUCUUUUAGUCUUUAAUCCCACAUAUCUAGUUCAUGAAAUCUCCCUCGCACUCCUGAGGCAGUGGAGAGAGAUACCAACCAGAAGUUUUAAGAUACCAACCAGAAGUUGUAAAACUCAGUAGAGACCGGAUGCACACUUUGAGGAGAAAUUGUCCUGUUGGAAUUGCUAGGAGGCUGGGUAAAGGGCUACCUACUGGUACCAUCCCCAGAAUUACAGAAUCUUAGGUGCUGUCUCUAGUCUGUUGGAGGAACACUAAGCCCCUCAUUUCCCACAAACAGGGAAUUCUCUGUGUCCACCAGGGAAUCAGAAAUUAAGGUUUCUUCACUACUAUGGUAGGACUGUCUGGAAUUCUGUUUCAGACUGUGAGGCUCUGGGCUGGGCUCUAGCCACAAGGGGUUUUGUAUAAGGAGCUGGAAGGGGAGGGGCCAGGGGUUACGCAUUCAUGUCAUUUCAUUUUGAUCUUGCUCUCUCCAGCUGCUUCUUUCAGAAGAUACAUCUAAAGAUACAAAGUCUGCAUUUGAUAUAAUGCCUUAAUCACUGAGUCUACAAUUAAUGUUGACCGUUUUAGAUUGUAAGCUCCUGGAGAGCAGUAUUGCUGUAGUAGGAAUGUUUUAACAGUGUCAUAUGUAAAAGAACAAAAUAAAUAUUUUGAUUUUGUGA